AUGUAUAAAAUUGUAGCAAAGAUCCUUUCAAACCGGCUUAGAGCGGUCCUUCCAAUUGUAAUUGGUAAGGAGCAAUCAGCAUUUUUAGAAGGAAGAAGCAUGAUGGAUAGCAUAGUAGUGGCGAAUGAGGUGAUCCAUGAGGCAAAGUGUAAAAAGAAGAAAGCGAUGAUUUUUAAGGUUGAUUUCGAGAAAGCUUAUGAUUCCGUGAAAUGGGACUUCCUCUCAUACAUGAUGAAGAGGAUGAAUUUCAAUGAUAAGUGGAUUGGGUGGAUAGAAAGUUGCUUGAAAUCGGCUAGUGUUUCAGUUCUUGUGAAUGGUAGCCCGAGUGAUGAAUUCAUUAUGGAGAAGGGUCUAAGACAAGGAGAUCUGUUUUCUCCGUUUCUUUUCCUCAUAGUUGCAAAAGGUCUUAAUGGCAUUUUUCAACAAGCAAUCCGCCUUGAACAGUUUGUGGGGUACAACUUCGGAACUUCAAACGAAGUGGGGGUGUCUAUCUUACAAUUUGCGGAUGAUACGUUAUUCUUAGGAGAAGUGACUUUUCAGAAUGCUAUGGCAAUCAAGAGUGCGCUACGGUGUUUUGAAUUGGUGUCGGGACUACAGAUAAACUUCCAUAAAAGCAAGCUAGUGGGCAUUGAGACUACGAAGCAUGAAACUAGGAGAUUAGCCGGAUUCCUGAAUUGUAGGGUCAUGAAGAUUCCAUUCAUUUAUCUGGGAUUGCCGGUUGGAGGGAACCCUAGAAGGAUCAGUUUCUGGGAUCCAGUGAUCACAAAGCUCAGAGGUCGAUUGUCACUUUGGAGGCAAAAGACUCUCUUUUGGAGGCCGGAGGGAGAAAACAAAGUUGCUUGGAUUAAGUGGAAGACGGUGUGCACACCGAAGGAGCUUGGAGGAUUGGGUUUGAGGGAUUGGGGUGAGUUUAACAAAGCUCUAUUAGGGAAAUGGAGAUGGAGGAUCCUUAAUGAGCCGGAGUGCUUGUGGGUACGUGUACUACGGGAAAAAUAUGUUGUUCCCGCACCACUUGAGGAGGUGGGUCUUGAGGGCAAGUUUUCUUCGUGGUGGAAGGAUGCCCUUCGAACAAGCUUUGGAAACAACGAGGGGGCAUGGUUUGACCAGAAUCUGAGAUUGAAAUUAGGGGAUAGAAGAAGAGUGAAGUUUUGGCAAGAUGUGUGGGUGGGGCAAGAGAGGCUCAAAGACAAAUUUGUGAGAUUCUAUCAUUUAUCUAUGCAGCAACAAGCAAGUGUUUUUGACAUGGGGUAUUGGGAUAAUGGGAGUUGGAAGUGGUAUUUUCAAUGGCGGAGGGUAAUCCUACCACGGGAGGAAGGAGCAUUGCAGAAUUUUCACACUUUCCUACUUCAUAUAACUCUAAUGGAAGGUAGAUUGGACAAAUGGAUGUGGAACGCAGAUGAAGGAGUGUACACAGUAAAGUCUGCAUUUUCUGUGUUGCAAAAUCUUGAGUUAGAGGAGCCAAUUCCGGUUUUCUAA